AUGGCUGGCCCUUCACCGUCACCGCACAAGCCGCGGCGCAAGCUCAAGAAGCCUGGCAAUGGCUCCGACAAACCCGCACGAUCUGAGCCUCUGGUGCGAACGCCUGCCUUCCCCCUGGCGGCCUUCCUCUGGCCAGCGCGUAGCUCGUCGUCGCAAUGGGAGGUGCUGCCCGUGAUUCUCAUGGUGGUCGGGCUCUUUAGAUGGGCUGCAGGACUUUGGGGAUACUCUGGUUUCCAGAAACCGCCCAUGUUUGGCGACUACGAGGCGCAACGUCACUGGAUGGAGGUUACGACACAUCUCCCGAUCUCGCAAUGGUACUUCCACGACCUGCAAUGGUGGGGACUCGACUAUCCUCCCCUCACGGCCUACCACAGCUGGCUCUUGGGCAAGAUUGGUGCUCUCAUCGACCCAUCAUGGUUCACCCUGUUCGCCUCCCGAGGCUCCGAUGAUCCCAACCUGAAGAUCUUCAUGAGGGCCACAGUCAUUGUUUCUGAAUACCUCAUCUAUGUUCCGGCCGCUAUCGUGUUCGUGCGACGAUACAGCCGGCUUCAAGGAGUCGCAAACUGGACGUCUUCAGUCGCCUUGGUCGCAAUCCUCAUGCAGCCUGCGACCAUCCUCAUCGACCACGUCCACUUCCAGUACAACACCGUUAUGCUUGGAUUUGUGCUUGCCAGCAUGUCAAGCAUGAUUGCCGAGCGAUACAAAUGGGCUGCCGUCUUCUUCGUCGGAGCUCUAGGAUUUAAGCAGAUGGCUUUGUACUACGCCUUCAGUGUCUUCUCCUAUCUCCUGGGUCGAUGCAUCACCCCUCGAAUCAACUUGACUAGACUUUUUGGCAUCGCACUGGUUACCAUCAUCGCCUUCGCCGUCCUGGUACUGCCCAUCAUCCUCGGCACGCUCUAUGAUGCUACUCAAGGAAUUGAUUCCAGGCCGGAAUUUGAUGGCCCACCGCAGCCUCUUCCUUUGUUCCCCGGCAUUACCGAGUAUCUUGACACGGACUCGUACUACUACCCUGUCGUUGAACAAAUGAUCCAGAUGAUUCAUCGCAUCUUCCCCUUUGCUCGUGGAUUAUUUGAGGACAAGGUCGCCAACUUCUGGUGCGCGGCCAAUGUCAUCGUUAAGCUUCACCAGCUUCCUGCUGCCCUGCUUCAAAAGGCUGCCCUCGGCGCUACACUCCUGGCCAUCGUGCCUCCGAACAUUAUCCUAUUCCUACGACCCCGCAAGACCGCGCUGCCAUAUGCCUUCGCUGCCACGGCUUGGGGCUUCUUCCUCUUCAGCUACCAGGUUCACGAGAAGAGUGUGCUGCUACCGUUGAUGCCCAUGACAUUGCUUCUGGCUGGAAAACAGGGAUUGAGCAAGGAUAUCCGGGCAUGGGUGGGAUUCGCCAACCUCCUCGGUGCCUGGACAAUGUUUCCCUUGCUCCGCCGCGUCGACCUGAGAGUUCCGUAUAUGGUCCUGACCCUGCUUUGGGCAUACCUUCUGGGUCUCCCACCGACAUCUUUCAGCGCAUACUUUCAAGAAGGGCAGUCCGCCUGGGCUCAAUGGGGCACGGCGUUCCUGCAUUGGUCAUUCUAUGCGUUCAUGGGCGCAUGGCAUGUCGUUGACGAAUUCGUGACCCCCCCUAUCGACAAGCCAGACCUCUGGGUCGUGGCCAAUGUAGGUGUCGGGGCAGCCGGUUUCGUCAUCUGCUAUCUCUGGUGUCUUGUGAGGCUGGUGCAAGAGAGUGACUUCUUCUCAGGCAAGGGGCAGACCAACAAGGCCAAGACCCAAUAA